AUGGCGUCUUCCGUCCCAAAGUCGUCGACACUCGUGUCCAACACUGAGGACUGCCAGCGCAUACAUCGCAUCACUAGAGAGAACCGCAGUCUAUGGUAUCAAUUGAGAGUCCUCCAGCAGCCUGAGCGUGCUCGAGCAUGUGGUGCUGGCAUGAAGGCUAAUAGCGACCGCCGUCCCGUGGAUCCUCCGCCUGUUGUUGAACUGCGCAUUAUCGAAGGCCCUUCGGUUGAAACAGGCAAGGAUAUUACUUUCGACUACAACGCCAACUUCUUUCUCUAUGCCAGUCUCGAGCAGGCCCGUCCCAUGGCCCACGGUCGUGUCCAGACGCCAGCCACCCUCAACCCUCCCAUUCUUACCGGUGUUCCAGCCUCCGGCAUGGCCUAUCUCGACAGACCGAACGAGGCCGGCUAUUUCAUCUUUCCGGAUCUCUCUGUCCGCCAUGAAGGCUACUUUCGCCUCUCAUUUAGUCUUUUUGAGACAACCAAAGAGGAAAAGGACUUUGAUCUUGAGCCGGCCUCUGACAUGCCUCCAGGCGUCGACUGGCGUAUGGAGAUCAAGACAAAACCCUUUAACGUCUUCAGCGCCAAAAAGUUUCCUGGCCUGAUGGAGAGCACCACUCUAAGUAAGAUCGUUGCCGACCAAGGUUGCCGAGUCCGCAUUCGUCGCGAUGUUCGCAUGAGAAAACGUGAUGCCAAGCCUGCCGCUUCCAGUGACUCCAGAGAGGAAGCAUAUCGCAAGCCUGCUCCUGUUCCUAGCAAAAACAAUAACAGCAACCCUCGCCACAGGUCCAUCAGCAAUGCAAGCGAACAUCGCCCUCACACGCCAUCUUUCCUUUGGCAGCGACGCGCCGUUGCAACCACGCGCACCGCCUUCUCUGCCUCCAACGAAUCAUCACCCGAUUGCACCACGGCCACAGUCGAGCCACAUAUCACCGUUGGCAGGACCGGGACCGCAACAUGCCCUCCCGUCACCGUCUUAUCCGGAGUCGGACCGUGCUUACAGGAAUUCUUCUACGCCUCGCCCAUGUCCGUCACCAGCGCUAUCCGGAAAACUGGAUGCCUACGAACCGAGACCGAGUUUCAGUCACAUCCCGCCUUCGCCGUCCUCCUUCUCUUCCAUCGAUUACCAUUCCAGACGCGGCUCGUAUGCCCCUACUCACCCACCUACGCCAACCCACCACCCACGGCGGCCUUUGCUUCCUCAACCGUCCCCUUCAUGUGGACGCCUCGGCAUUUCUUCGCUCGUGUCGCUGCCACCAAUUGA